AUGAAUGGAGGAGUUGCAAGCCGGGCGCUCACGUGUGUGAUGGGAAGGGGGGAGGGGGGCGCCAACGGAGCGGCGUGGCGCAGGCAGCGGGCAAGCUGCAAAGCGGCGGCGGUGCUGCCAGUUGGAGCAGCCUCGCGGGCCGCGCAUCCCGGCGCGCCCGGAUGCCCGUGGGCCCGGCGGCGGCGGCGCGGCCCGGCUCCCCAUGGCGGCGCGGCGGCGGCGGGCGGCUGCCCCAUGGGCGCGGGCGCCGCCGCCAACCGACGCAUGAACGCCAUCAAGACCAACCACCCCAAGGACGCCGUCGGCCCCAAGGCCGACGGCGCGGAGCGGCGCAAUUCCAACAUGAAAACCAACGGCGCCACCAAGAGCUCCGCGGUCGUGGUGGGCGCCGCGGCCGCCGGCGGCGGCGCCACCGUCGCCGACCGACCGCUGCCCUCCGCGCCCGCCGCCAGCGCCUGA